AUGAAGUGCUGGGGCAAUGGCGACUUCGGGCAGCUCGGCUACGGUGAUACCCGGAAUCGCGGGGACGGCCCCGGCGAGAUGGGCGACAACUUGCCAAUCCUUGAUGUUGGAGGGUCUUCGCUUGCUUUCAAGGUCAAAGCUGUCUCUGUCGGUAUAUCCCACACGUGUGCCAUCCUGAACGACGGCAGCGUGAGGUGCUGGGGCUCUGGGUCCAACGGGCGGCUCGGCUACGGUGAUACCCAGAAUCGCGGGGACGGCGCCGGCGAGAUGGACAACUUGCCCUCGGUGGACUUGGGGUCUGGUCGGUCGGCUAAGUUCAUCGCCGCCGGUGAAUCCCACACGUGUGCGAUCCUGGACGACGGCAGCGCGAAGUGCUGGGGCUCUGGCGCCAACGGGCGGCUCGGCUACGGCGAUACCCAGAAUCGCGGGGACGGCGCCGGCGAGAUGGGCGACAACUUGCCCUCGGUGGACUUGGGGUCUGGUCGGUCGGCUAAGUUCAUCGCCGCCGGUGAAUCCCACACGUGUGCCAUCCUGGACGACGGCAGCGUGAAGUGCUGGGGCUCUGGCGCCAACGGGCGGCUCGGCUACGGUGAUACCCAGAAUCGCGGGGACGGCGCCGGCGAGAUGGGUGACAACCUCAGGGCAAUCCACUUUUCACCUACUGUCAAGACUAUUGUCACAGGAAAGGCCUUUACUUGCGCGCUACUCUACGACGGCAGCGUGAAGUGCUGGGGCCUGGGUCAAAACGGGCAGCUCGGCUACGGUGAUACCCAGAAUCGCGGGGACGGCCCCGGCGAGAUGGGCGAACGCCUGCCCUCGGUGGACUUGGGGUCUGAUCGGUCGGCUAAGUUCAUCGCCGCCGGUGGAGAUCACACGUGUGCCAUCCUGGACGACGACAGCGUGAAGUGCUGGGGUCAGGGUCAAAACGGGCAGCUCGGCUACGGCGAUACCCUUUCUCGCGGUGACAGCGCCGGCGAGAUGGGCGACAACUUGCCCUCGGUGGACUUGGGGUCUGGUCGGUCGGCUAAGUUCAUCGCCGCCGGUGAAUCCCACACGUGUGCGAUCCUGGACGACGGCAGCGCGAA